AUGAAGCUUUUUAAGUUAUGGGUCCAUCAGCAAAACUUCAGCGAGGAUGAUCUCAUACUAAAUCCAAAGGAAUUUCCGAAUGAAAAAGAAGGAGACAUCUUGGAGAUCUAUCAUCCAGAUGAAGAUAACACUCGUCUUUUGCUGCAGAUUAAAUCGAUUAACCCCGAAUUCCAACAGAAAGAUACAAUCAGCAUCGAACAGUCUGUGGCUAAUUUCUUCCAGUUGCGAACUUACUGGGAUGUGGAGGUCACCAAAGUCGAACCAAAAGAUGUGUUUGUGGAUAUGGUGGAACUUUUGUUUAAAGACCAGUUCGUCACGAGGAGCGAAAUGUGGAGAUUUUCCAAACAGCUUGUUGGCUCGUGUGUAUAUAUCACCAAGAAGUUGUCACACUUUGGGGUGCGAGCUCAGGUUAUGGAGAUCUGGACCAAGGGAGAGAAGGUGUCUUGUGGAGUGAUAUCUAAUGAUACCAGGGUAAGCAGAAGGGUAGGAGGAGAUGGGGCUGGGUGGGUGGAGGAGCAGAAAAAGGGUGGAGAGGAUUAAAGAAGGCAUGAGGCCAUCCCCAUGCCCUAAUUUGAGAAGGGAAGUUUUCUUAGGGAGGAACAUUGGCCCACGUGCUCCAAAUUUGGCUGGUUAUCGAUCUUAGUUGGGGUGGAAACAUGAGACAAAUUUACUCUAAAGCUGGAUUAAAUGGGGGCCUAUAUAAACGAUAGCAAGGCUAGGACAAAACACAGAGAGCUAUGUUCCCCACUCUUUCUGAGAAGUGAAUGGAUUCUCUUAUGCCCCCAUGCAAACCAGUUCGGAGAAGAUACAGGAGAUAGUGCCUAUGCUUUAUCAUCCUUAUUGGAGAAGACUAGAAUGUCUUAAACCAUUUGUGGAUGUCAUUGUAAAGGCAGCAAAUUCUCUUUAGUUAUUAUUAAACUCAGAGUGUUGGUCUGGUCUGGGGCUUGAACCUUUGCCCUCCUGCACAGCAGUCUGGUUUAAGGGUAACAGUAAGAAUGGCAGUCCUCUUUAAGGGUUUUUAAAAUUUUUUGUAUUUGUUUUUGUGCAUUGCUAUUCAACUCUCCCCUGUUUACUUUAAACACUGAUCAUCCCUACUGGACAACAGUCAUUAUUUGUCUUUCCUAUUUCAGGUGAUUUUUAGAUCAAGUAGCACAAAGAUGUAUUUAUUCAUUCAAAUGAGUAAAGAAAUGUGGGACUUUGACUUCAAUGGAGACCUUUAUAUUGAAAAGGCAAUCAAUGGAUUUUUUUAUGAAUUGUUUACCAAAUGGAAGGAGCUGAAAGCCCACCAUGAUGUCAGUAUUAUUCUUUUUUCAAGAACAUUUUACAAUGCACAGUCUCUUGGUAGGUGAUGUUUCUAUUGCACUGUAUCUCUUUUCAUUAAGGGAACUUCAUUUUAGAGGUGGCUCAGUCUAGUAAACAGAAAAAGAUUUGAUCAUUGAAUUAAUAUUAUCAGAUCCUUUACCCUAAGUAGGGAAUAACUUGGGAUCCUGAUGCUUUUUGACUAAGUUAGUAUUUGUUACCUUCCUAUACAGAGGACAUUGCCAUUGCUUCUUAGGAUAUUUGAUUCCUACUAUGUAGGAAGGAAGGUCUUAAAAAUAAAGAGAGAUUGGGAAGGAAACCUUCCAUAGGACAGUAGUCAUACAGUAAUCUUUUAGUCAAUAUGCCACAAAUGAACAGUUCCAAUAACUCACUUAGAAAGGACUUAGAAAAUGAGUGGGUGACUAAAUGACCAGGGUACUUAGCUUUCAUUUUUUAGUUCGAGGAACCGCAAUGUUUCUGACCUGAAUUUUACAGUUUAUAAAAAAAAUGAAAGUUGCAUAAUAACAGUCAGUAUGUGCACCGGCUAAACUGCAGAAUACCCGGCCACUUUGGUCCGCCUCACUUACAUGUGUUGGGAGGCUUUGAAGAUCGAGGCAUAACACAAUAGACGCUAUUCUUAUUCAAUGACAUGUAAAUGAGUGGCUGGGUAUUCUGCAGUUGCUCCCGUGCGCCAACACUACCCAGCUGACAUGCAAACAUCCCCUUUUUUGCAUUCUGGCCACUCAAAAAGUGGGGUAAGAGCAAAGCAAAGAGAUGGAGAGUUCCCUCCACUACCCACCCCCCCCCCCCCAGGAGACAAAAAUACCUCUUCAAAAAUAUCAAUGUCUAGAUUAACAGACAAAUAUUCUUUUGAUUUACAAUUGCAGAGGAAUUUCCCUUAGAAGCUCAAGGAUGUAUUCGAAAGGAUCCUUACGGACGGUUUUAUGAAGAUUUCUACCAAGUUGUUGCCUUAUCAGACAGCUGUGAUGAUUGGAUCCCUAUGCUGGUCACUCUGAAGCACUGCUUUAACCAAUAUCCAAAAUUCUCAAACUGUUGUGAUAAGCUUAAAGGCACCAAAAUCAAGGGGCAAAAUUCCAGCUCCUACGAGGGAAACUUUCUAGAAGCUAUCAACUUGGCGAUGAAUGGUAAGUGAUAAUGGAAACGGUAGAGACAUGUCCGAGGGUACCUGUUACAUUUCUCUUGAGCUGUACUUUGUGCUUUCGCAUGCGUUUCCCAUCUGGCUUGAUGACUCUGUUUUGCCAUGUGAUAUCUUAAAUUUCCUAAAACAUAAAAGACAUAUAUCAGUACUUAUGAAAGUUCCCCUUACAACACGGUCUGGGUGGCAAAAAGGCUCAAUUUCUGUGUCUGCGUCCGCUUGAUAGCAGUGUCCAUUGAAUGAAGAUUCGUUCUUAGGGCUCUGACGAAGGGCUGACGCUCGGAUAGUGAGCUUUAGAAACUCUUUACGGUGGCCAAUGUACACUAUCGGCUCAGUUGAUUAAACCAAAUUAUCUUGUUAUACCCGUCAUCGACACAGCACUACAGUUUCUUUUUAAGUUUACUCCCUUUAUUCAUUCGUUCUUGAGCCGUUAGAGUUGUGUGAGUAAAUUGUGAAGGUAAUGACGUGAUGGGAAAAAAAAUUGAGAGAUCGAGGUUUAGGUUGGAGUUAACGACAGCCGCAAGACGCAUUUCGAUCGAGUGUCUCGCAUACAAAACCAAAGUAAUGAAAACUGCGAAUCAGAACAGCUGAAGGAAAAUAAUAAUGAUCAGGAGCCGAAGAGAACUCAAAGUAAGAGCAAGAAAACUUUCUGAAGCGCGGGAAAAUGUGAAUGACGAGCAGUGACUGGUGUCCGUUUUCCAUCUUAUUGGUCGAGAGACCGGUGCAAGUUUUUUAGAUCAUUAGAUCAAUCACAGAGAAAAGUAGAGUGAACUCAAUGCAAGCCUUGAUUACUUUCUGUUUCAAUACCUGGCUGGUAAUUUCUCAUUUUAUUUUCACUAUUUUUCGUUUCAGCUUUUGAGAGGCAUCAUAUCGAUCGCAACUUUGGUCGUACUGGUCAGACGGUUAUCAUUGUAGCACCUGGGUCCGGAGUGUUUGAGGUGGAUAGAGAAGUGACCAGCAUAACUAAACAGCGUCUUCUGGAUAGUGGUAUGAUAAAGUACACUUCCAUCGUAACAAUCUCUCUUUCAUAGGAUCUGUUAAUGGAGCUCUUUCAAAAUUCUAAAAAGUCACGUUGAAUGGCCAGGAAACUAUGAAAUAGUACUUUGUUAAAGUAGGAUAAGACGGCAGAGGCAAAAAAAAACUAAAGAAUUAUGAGUAUAGUUUUAGAUGGAAGUGAUUAACCCAAAUUGCGAAUGAUGAAAUUGAAAUUUAGAGACCAAGUUUUUCAAAAUACACAGGUCCUGACGGAGCUCCUUCAAGCACUUGUCACAAUAGUUUAUGUCUUUUUUGCAACUUAAAAAAUUGACAGUAGAUUGGAGUUAGCUUCAACGUGAUGGUUUGGUUAAGAUAGAGUGCAUUAAGUCAAGUUUACUUGCACUGAUCUAACCAAGGCCUUUUGGUAAUAUAGAUCAUUCAUGAGAUCCUUCCUAAUUGUGCAUUUCGUCUCACACUGGAUCAUUUUAUGGCUCUUCCCCCUGAAGAUGCCGUCCGAUCUAUAUAUUUUUAUUUCAAUCAAGGCUGAAGACAGACUUCUAAGCAAGUUGACAAACUGCUUUGCAUUUCCUAUUUUCAUUUUCUUUUAAUAUUUUGUAAUUUUAAUACCAAUAUUUGUUGUUUUUUGUCAACUCUUUUGAAAUAUCUGCCCACUAUGUUGAUUCAAAUUCCUCAUCAUCUCGUUAUCAUUCUCGUUAUUAUUUUAACGAUCAUAAAUUUACUUUCUAUUUAUAAAAGAUAAUCAGUAAAAGUUGGUAGGAUUAAAGGAUAUUAAUCUGGUUGUGACUCCCAUUUAGAUAUUCCGUCUGUUGUCUAAUUAAUUCAAGGUAUUACGUUGUACUUGAACGCAAGAUAGCAAUUUUAAGUCGAGUGUUCAAAGACUAAAACGAAAUUAGUCCUAGCGACCAAACAGAACAAAGGUUUACAUUAUCAUCGGCCAAUGAGAACUCAAAGUUAAAAACAAGCAAACUGCUCGAAGCGCGGGAAAUGACGAAGUUGUGCCGGAUUGUUUUUACUUUUGCAUCUGAUUGGUUGAGAGGAUGGCGCGGGGUUUCUGGAUCAAUCACAGAGCAAAGUUAAGUAAAACCAAAGUAAUUCCGGAUUAUACUCUCGAAACUCAAUUGAAAAUUGCUCUUAUCGAGUCAAAGAAUUUGUAGUUGUUCAGGGGUCACUUACUGUACAUAACGUUAUGUCACUAGGUGUGUCGAUCGACCUUGUGUGUCUUGCUGAACAGCCGCUUCACACUGUACCUCUUUUCAAGUUCUUUAACAAGACACUUGGCCUCAGAGACAACGACAUUGGAGAUGAUUAUAACAUUCCUCACUGGAUGAAUCACAAUUUCUACACUUCACCAAAGACAAGGAAUAAGCCAGGGAACGUUGCACCUCGUAUAAAAAUACCUGAAGCUAUUUUGAAUUCACUUGGAAAAAACGGUGAACACGAAGAAGGUUAGUUCCCAUUACUGCUGUUUGCUGCUAGUAAAAUUUUCGCGUAGCACUGAGAUACAGACUGUUUGUUCAGUGAAUAUUUGCAAAAAUAAUAAUCUUCUCCACUGCGUAAACCGAGGACUGUGCUCAACAAGUUGAGUUAUUGCCAUAUGGUAAAGUUUGCGUCUUUGAAAUUACACUCAAAUUUCUGCCGGAGCACGGUUUUUUUUGGUGUUUGUUUAAGUUCUUAUGAAUAUCCUCAUAAAAGGUAGUAGUUGUUCAUCAUCGUCAUCAUUGUAUGGAGCGGAGUAUAUUGGUAUAUAUCACACGAGUGACUAGUGCUUUUUGUGCGCGCUGAUUGGCUUGUUCGGAAGUGAAAGUGAGUAAUAUUCUCCUCCAGGUAGAUGAAGAGACAAAAUCGCGUGUGGAGAGUUCAGCUUCCGACCAUUUUUCGGUAUAUCGACAAAAGUGAAACACUUUUUUUUGUUUCUUGGUGUUACAUACUAAAACACUAACUCACCUCAGCGUCAGUGAAAGUGGUGGAUAUUUACUCCUACUUCGGUAAAUAAUUGUGAACUACCUUAUUAGUUGAUGCGUAAGUAGACACCUGAUAGAGCGAACAAUCGGAACAGUACGACCCAUUUCCGAACGAAAGGGUUAACGCUCGGAAAGUCAGCUUUGAAACUCUUUAUGGUGGCUAAUUUAUAUUACCAACUCCCGAGUUGAUGAAACCAAAUUAUUUUGUUAUCCUACGCCACCUACGCAGGACCAGAAACCUACUUCCUUCAGUCAUUUCAGAAUUGGUUACAUUGCGACAGAAACGAUGAUUUUUGUUCUUGUAUUUUUGUUCUCUCACCUAAGCGUACAGCAAUUUUGCUAAACACUGCAAGACAGAAGUGGGAGACAGCCAGCUCGCAGAUCGGGUGGAUUAUGACGAAUAUGACGCCAAAGUAUUCAGGAAUCCGCUUACUCACUCCACUCUGAAGGGCUGGGCACCCGGAGGCACGACCUUCAGACGAAUACGAAGUGCUCUUGACAUGCAGCGAGUGGCUAAGUCAAAAGAAGAACCUAUUUUCCGCCGUGUUUCCUCGCCUCCCAGAGGGGUUUCGUCUUACGAGGACAUGGAGAUUUCAGCUUCUUUUAGUACCUUUACGGUAAUUCAUUCAAGCUUUUACUGUAUUUAGGAUCUUGCCUGGUUAAAGUUUUCAAUAUAUGGAAUUACUCUGUGUGGAAAAGUUUGGAAAAAGAAUGGAAAAAUGUUUACGAACGUUCCGACAUUCUCUGUCAAUCGUCGUCAAGGAUGAAAAAUUUUCCCGGCAUGCACUUUUCGCCAUCUCACGGAGAAAAUAACUCAAUUUUAAUCACUUCUCGAUUUUACAGGCUGGUUAAGGAAAUUUCAUACCAUGUUUUCCGUUCUGAUAAAGAAAGACUGACCGAGAAUAUCGGAAAACAACUUUUUAUUCAGUUAUUUCUUGAUUUGUUUGUGCGUUCGUUAUUGCUAUUCUUUCUCUAUUCCAAGAAGCUAGCCGCCUUUAAAGGACAUUAAUGUGUUUUAACUUUUCUUUCAAGGAACGAGAUGCUCCAUCCUUAAAGACCCUGGACAGCAGAGGAACCCUUAUACUGUCUUCAUCAAUGGAGUAUACAUCUCAUGGUGUCCUCGGUAUGUUAUCUCACGUCACUGUUUCUGGCUUCCAUGUGGGAGGCAGAGUAGCUCAAUGGGAAUAAUCUGGGCUUAUAAUAGUAAUAAUAAUGAUAAUUAUGAUAAUGAUAGUAAUAAUGAUAAUAAUAAUGGAUUUGGCAGUAGGUAUUUUCCAAGGUGGCUCUUCUUGUCCACUGUGACCAGACGCGGUAAUUUUCAGAAGUCGUGCGAGCGAUUACUUAAGUGACCGAACGCUGUGCUAGACAUAUGGAUUGUUAUCUGAGCGCGCAUGGCUAAAGUUCAAAUGUUAGUCAGUUUAACUGAUAUCUUAAAAAAAAAUAAGUCCUUUAUCGUGAUGAGUUAUCUCCGAGGGCACUUAAAGUGAGUAUUUAACUACCAGGCGAUCGUGAUAGAGGUAAUUUAACCCACUAGCCUUGAUUUUGUACGUAUUUCCGGCACUCUCCAGGAGUUAUCCUGCAGUCUAAACCUUUUUUAAGUUUUCCCAACUAAAUGAUCUACUUUUUUGAGUCGAAAUGUUCAUUGUCAUCUGAAUAUUAGUUUUUACGUAAUCGGCAAUAUGGAAGAUAAACUAUUUGAAUGCCUUUACAGUUUUGAUGGUUUAUAGAUAACAAAAUGACGGCUGUGCCUUACACAAUUAACAAGAACUCUCUUAGUGAUAUGUUAAUUAGUACAUGAACCUUAGACUUCGUCAGCUAAUCACAACUAUUAUAUAGCAUGUUUCUAGUUACGUUUUUUAACGAAUUAUGAUUUUAAAGUUCUUGGUUGAUCCUCUUCAGAGGUUAUAUAUUCUUUCCCUAAACCAAAUGGUCAUCUGCUGCAUCCUCGGAGCACAGAACUGGGGGUUUUACUGACGAGAGGGAAGAAAAAAGAGCACUCAUCAAUCACAUAUUUCACUACGAAAGCAAAAUUUUAUUUCAAGAUAUGUAUAUCCAUACAUAUGCAUAUAUUUCAACGACUGUAGUGGAAAUCUGAUGUCCUUAGGAGACUUAGGAAAGCGUGCGUAAAAAAUUUUAACGAAGAAAUAAAUAGGUAUACAGUUAUUUACAUGCAAAGAAAGAAAGGUGAAGAGAAUGAAGAUUUAUCAUUAGCUUUGUCAAAAUUUAACAAAACAAUAAGAAAUAUCACUGAAAUUUAUCAGGCAUUAAAACGAUUUUGUUACAUAUGAAACUGAGCUGCUUACCUUCCAAAUCAUUAUGUUCAACAGCUUUAGCUUUAAUCUGAUCAUUCGGCGUCAUGAUGACCUUGUAUGAACACAAGAGUAGCGCGAGGCACGGCUUCACGAUUCUUAGUGAACAUCGAAGUAUCCUUUUAAGAACUUGACGAAUUAUGAAAAUCAUUCUUGGGAUAGAAAUUCUAUGGACGGUUUUUGUUGUUCUUCUCCUAUAGUUCAUGCACACGUUGUUCCAAAGAGAAUAGAUUCAGGCAGAAAACUUCAAAACGACAAAAUUGGAUAUGUCUUUGUUUGAUAAACACACGUAUUCCUAUUGUUAGGAACGCAGACUGAGCAAUGCAGUUUAUGGUUUUUUUGUCGUUCAGGUUCAUGCACACAUUGUUCCAAAGGGUAUCGUGGGAAAUACAGAUGUUCAUGCAAACAACUUAAAAGCCACAUAUUGCAUUUCUGUACGUUUGUUUGAGAAUCGCGUGAUUGUCUUUCAGUCCAUUUCUAACCAAAAUAUCAAUAUUUGCAUUAUGAAGGAAAAAACUCAAGAAUAUCAUUUUAGUUUGGGGCUUACUGUAAUUUGCGAAACGAAACGAAACGCAGACUUUGGUAAUCUAAAAACUAUCAGAAACGUGUUAAGUGGAAAUUAGUCUUCCUUGAAACAACAGUACUCCACUUAAUAGCAUAUCUGGCGUUGACUGGGGUGUGCUCACACAGAUGUGUGACUACAUCUUGCAUAAACAGUUUUUAAGUGGAAAAUUAAUCUCCCUUGAAAUAACAGUACUCCGGUUAAUAGCUUAUCUGGCUUAUCUGUGUGACUACAUCUUGCAUAAACAGUUUCAGUUCGCUGCACCAAUUCAAUCCAUAUCUCAUAUACUUCGUCCAGCUGAGCGUGAAAGUCCUACGAUGUCUUUGUGUUAGAUCAGGCUUUGAAUUAUGCAUAAAAUUUGCAGCCGAGCGUGAACGUUGUACCCAUGUCGUUGUUUUGGAUUAUACCUUAAUGAGGCAUGAGGCAAUGAGAGAAGUGAUUCCGGACACACAGGAACAUUGACAUUGGUUACUGAGCACUGCAAUACUUCACAAAAGUCGAAACUCGAUGUUAUUCAGAAACCACUUCUCUGUAUGUGACGUUGAGCGAAUAACACAGACAAUUAAGACUCUUAAUUGUCUGUGUUAUUCCCAUGUGUCCGGAACCACUUCUCUGUAUGUUAGGUUGAGCAAAUAACACAUACAAUUAAGACUCUUAAUUGUCUGUGUUAUUCCUGUGUGUCCGGAACCACUUCUCUGUAUGUUAGGUUGAGCAAAUAUCACAGACAAUUAAGACUCUUAAUGGUCUGUGUUAUUCCUGUGUGUCCGGAAUCACUUCUCUGUAUGUUAGGUUGAGAUAAUCAGAUAGGAAACCAAGAAAUCUUACUCGAUAUGUUUGCAGUUGAUCGUUCAUUUUGGUAAAAUUUCCGCACAGCCCCAUCCUACAUUAUGCAUUCAGUUCUUGAACAGAGAAAACAAUGACAAAAACAAUACAUUUCCGUUGGGAAAACAGAUUUGUUUUACAAUAGUAUGGGGCUGUGCGGAAACUUUACCUUCAUUUUUGACCGUGGCUAAUUUUGAAUUGUACACGGAUUGACUUUUGUGAUUACUACGUCGAAGUGUCCUCAGCAGUGGUUAAAAGUAAAGUUAACUAGUCUAAAAUGAUCUCGAACAGACUUCAGAGACAACGAAACAAUCAGUGGUUAAAAAAGGGUACAUUUUUGUCUCGCGCACACACUAAAUGGAUAACAUCUCUCUUUAAUCAAUGACUGAGCUCAAAAUUUGUUUCUCUCUUUAUCUUUUUACACAUCAAGCGUAGCCGUGAGGAUGUACCACACCAAAUGCCUAUCUCUCCCUUCCCUUAAAUAUUCCUUUUGUUUCUUCGUUUCUUCAGCGUCUCUUUCCGAAAAUAUGGUGGUGAAUGGAACUUCUCACGAAAUCAUUCGUCCAGUCCCUCGCCGGUUUGCGGUCGGAAGUGCGGGCGCAAGUCGCCAUGAGAUCCCUGGUCAUUCACGGCCCCAGAGGACCCUGAUAAAUCCUUUUAAGCCGAACGAGAUUCCUUGUAACUGGACGUGUAAUCGACAUCGGUGGUCACAUGUUUUUCCCAAGGGGCCUGGGGGAGAGGUUCUCCAUCGACACUAUGAGAAACUCUCACCAGCUGAAAGCAACCCACAAAUUAAAACUGAGAAGGUAGGUUUUUUUUCAAUUCUUCAACUCCUAGAAGUGUAUAACAUGUAACUUCUUCCUUUAAUAUCCAUACAUUAUCUAGCAAACAGAGAGUGAGAAUACUCAAACUUAUCAGAUUGAAGUAGUUAUCUUGAUCUUAAACCAAAUCUUGGAUUACUUUCGAUGCUCGAGAGACAAUUUGUUGAAAACGCGUAAGACUUUGACACGAUAUUUGAGAGUUUGCUUCUAACUGGUCAAUUCUGGUUAAGUUGUUAGGGCGAGAUUUUAAACCAGACACCAAGAAACCCACGUAGCAGAGUAACGAAAAUAAAAAACACAACAAUUCUCAGCCUCCACACCUUCGCCUAAGGCUUAGGAUCAGGAAAAGCGAUCACCAUUUGUUGAAUUUAAAUCCACUCAUUUUCUAUCUUCAUUUGUAUUUCAGUCACGUAGUGUCGAAGAAGCAGCACUUGCCGUCGUGGCAGCUCGCAAACAGGAAAUGUCAGAAGUAAAGUCUCGGAGCAUUUCGGAGGAGCAAGACUUAUUGGACCCACUGAUGAUUAGUGAAGAGAAUGAAGAUACAUACGAAGAUGACGCCUUCAUCCCAGAACUAUCGUCGGGUAUUCUAGGCCAUUUUAGCCCGAUUUCCGAACUAACAAAGACAUCACAGAAUACGACACCGAGGCGCCGAUCUCAGCUACCACGAAUUAAUUUAUAUCGAGGGGUAGAGAAAACUCCCGAUGAACAUGAUUGGACAGCUGCUGUCAAGACGAGUGUGGACUGGAAAUCGCUGACGUGUCCUGCUCUUUUACCUCUGACCACAGAUUACAGUCCAAGCAAACAGACACUGGAAUCCGAUUACUGUGAAUAUAAUUACACUCUGUUAAUUGAAGUAGAAGAAGAAUAUACAGAAGAGAAGAAGAUUUCUGGCUGGGGAAAACAGGAAAGGUACACACGUGCCUGAUUUUUGUCCAUGCGUCAUACGCAUGGACAAUUCUCAAUUGAGUGUCGAAAGUAAUCUGGGAUUGCUUUGUUUUGUUUUACUUCGCUCUGUGGUUGGUCCAGAAAACUCACGCCACUCUUUCAACCAAUCAAAUGCAAAACUUAAACUAAUCAAGACUUGGUCAUCCGCGUUUUCGCGCGCUUUAGGCAGUUUGGUCGGUUUUACUUUGAGUUCUCAUUGCCACUAGAAGGUAUUUUCCUGCUUCUGAUUGGCCGUUGUGAAUACUUUGGUUUUGCUUUUAAGACAGCCAGUCGAAACACGCUCCAUUUUCUUUCGGUCUGAUUGGCUUUUGUGAUAAACUUGGUUUUGGUAUGACCAAACUUAAUCGAAUUACACUCGUUUAGCCGAAAACAGUACUUCCACUGUUUCAUUUUUUUCCAUAAAAGUUCAGGUAAACUUUAAGAUUCUUUUUUCUUAAAAUACUUAGUCAUCUUGCCAUUAACCAUUUUGUCCGAUCUGUUCCAGCUAAUAAUUGCCUUUACGUAUGCUUAUUUUUUAUGGAAUGAUACUUCUCUAGUCUGCCGGAGGAAGAUUCACAUGGGGUUCCCCGGGGUUUAAGCGCGGAGAUGUUAUUCAUGGAACUUGUCUCGCAACGAAUUCGAAAGGUAUUGGCCAUUUUCACCCUGAUGUCAGUAAGCAUAUUCCCUACACUGUUUUCUAUACACUACCUAAGGUGCUGACAAGGCGAAUUUGUUUAACGAUUAAUAGUUUCUGUAGUUGGUGAUCGUGUACUUUAUAAAACCUUUAACUAACAAGAUCUGAUUUUUAAUUCUCCCCUCUAAUUGCUAAUCAUGUCAUUCUAAAUAAGUGACAGUUUUGAACCUUAUUCAAGAUGCAUUCGUUUUUCUUCUUUCCCAUGUUGAUAGGGAUUUCAGUUGACCCCACUAAAGGGUAAACCAGCGCCUCCUAAUAAGCCCCAGUCCAUCGCGGCCAUACCAGCCAAGUCAGAUCACCAGGAAUGCUUUCUUAGCAUUGGACGGAUCUCGCACAAGUUAAGCUUGACUUCACAUGAGGUGACAGUGACCAAGUAUAGACCACGCCAUCAAUUUGGUUCGCAACCUAUCAAAUACAGGUAAGAUUGCUAUAGCAAGUUCUUUUACGGUAUCUUUGAGGCCAUCUUCUAGUGAUUUGUUGGAACUUCGGUCCAACCGUAUCAUUGUUAAAUGAAAUUUUCGCUUGCUUUUCAACCCCUUAGAUCCAAAAGCACCAGUGUUUUCUCGCUCCUCGGAUUAUUUGAUUUGUCACGGGCGCCCUGUGAGACUUUGCAAGGUAGCCUGCGUUGCGCGCAGACCGCCAGCAACGCAGGCUAUUGCAGGGCGGCUGGGAGUAAUUGGGUGCUAUAAACACAUGCACUUCUUUGUUUGGUUAUUGAAUUGAUUUCCUCUUCGUUGUUGACUUAUUUUUUUCAUUAUUCUUUGUACAUAGUUAUCGCCUUUGGAUCCCACAAAGAAAACUGUUUGAACAAAAUUAUGGGGAAUUCCGGCAUGAAGAAAUGGAAAAUUAUAACUGGAACUACUUGGACCAACAUCUCUGCGGAGAAAGUGAAUUUAAGGAGCUUAUUGAGGUACUUCUAUUCUGCUUUUGUUGCUGAAAUCGGCGACUUCGUCACUCUAGAAGUAAAGUUCUAAAGACAUCUACUUGUCAGAGUAGUAGCUUCUUUACAGCGCUCGUCAAAGCAACAAAAUGCAUUUCGUUGACAGAUCGAAUUAUCUCGACAAGCAGUUUCGUUACAAAAUAUAUUUGUAACUUCAUGAUAAUUUUAGCAUUAUGAUUUGUGAUCAUUCAUUGAUAUAUCUUGCUAGUUCAGUGAAUUUUACAACUAAGCCGCUGCUGACAUGGUUUGAUGCUACUCUGGUUUACAGAUUUAAUUAAUGUAACCGAAGAAGUAACAAUUCAUAGACCCAAAGUUUCGACACUCCUGUCUAGUGCCUUCAUCAGGGGUGAUCUAAACGCUGCAACAAGAAGUCCUUUCAUACGAUAACUAAUUAGCUGCCUUUUUUCUGACGAGGUAUAAAUAGGCGUCACGAAGUCAGCUGACUGUCUACCAUCUUCACUCGAUUCGAAGGCUGAGGAGAGAAAAUAUGUUUCUAAUGUCUUAAAGGCGAAUGGCUAUACAAAAACUUUUCUCCGUAACUGCCAAAAACCAGGUACAACUAGUAGCACUCCUGAUGAAAGGGAACCAGCGAAUGGUUUUGCUGUUAUUCCUUACAUUCAGGGUGUUACGGAACCCAUCAAGAGAACUUUGAAUAGCCACAACGUUAAAGUUGCUCAAAAAUUUUUUCAGACUUUGGGGCAUAUUUUUUCCAAACCUAAGGAUCCUGUCACGAAAGAACAACGAACUGACGCUAUUUAUUAUUUUAUUCCUUGCAAUGACUGUGACAACGAAUACAUCGGACAAACCAAACGUCAGUUUGGUACAUGCUUGAAAGAGCAUCAAAAAGCGGUUUUCUUUUGCAAAAAAGGAAAUUCAGCUUUAUCGGACCACACAUGCCUAACUAACCAUACAAUUGGGUGGGAUAAUUCUAAAAUUAUCACCACUAAUCGGUGUUACCACCAGCGCCUUUGUUUGGAAGUUCGGCAUAUUAACUCCGCUCACGCUCAUUUAAAUCGUGAUGAUGGCGGCCUACUUCCUGACGCCUAUUUCACCUCGUCAGAAAAAAGGCAGCUAAUAGGUUUUCGUAUAAAAGGACCUCUUGUUGCAGCGUUUAGAUCACCCCUGAUGAAGGCACUAGACAGGAUUAUCGAAACGUUGGGUCUAUAAAUUGUAACUUCUUCGGUUACAUUCAUUAAAUCUGUAAACCAGAGUAGCAUCAAACCAUGUCUGAUUGUUCACCUGGUUGCCAUGUGAACUUUAAUACAUUUUAAGCCGCUGCUGUUGGAUUAAAGCCUAUUAGCUAGCUAAUGAACAUUUUCAUAGUUUCAUCAGAGCGAAUCGCCAUUCCCUCUGACGAAGGGCUAACACUCAAAACGUCAGCUUUAAAACUCUUUACGGAGGCCAAUUUACGUUAUCAACUCAUUUGUUAACACAAAUUUACCCUGUUAUUUAUUUUAAGUUGUUUUUGGUUUUUGUCCAUGCUCUGAGGGUUUUUCAUUUGUGUGUAUUUUUUUCUAGAGUCUUCAUUAUUGGAAAGCACGUUUCUUGCUAUUGCCAUUUUUGCCGUUGUCUCAGCGUCAAGUGAAAGGAUCAGGUCGUGAGGAAAAGAAGAAAACAUCAACUCAGCAGGCCGACGUAGUGGAUGGAAUCGUGAGGUUCCUUGAGGUGCUAAAUCGAAUAAAACGUCAUCAAACUCAGAAAACUCCUACAACCCCUAAGGUAAAUUUCAUAGAGAACAGCUAUCAUAAGUCUCCUUCGCAGCCUUUGUUUUAUUGUUGUCACCCAACGCGCUCUCUCCCUCACCAAAGGAGACAACUGUCACACAAUGCGCUCUCUCUCACAUUAAACAACGGCUGCGAAUAAGACAACUUUCAUAUUUAAGAAGCAUGCAAUAAUACUUUAUUACACUUUUGGUUCGAGUGCCUUUUUUCUUCUCGUUUUCUCCUGAGUGCGUCUUUCGCGACCUAGCGACCGCGUAGUAAGAAGCAACAAGUCAGAUUUAAGAGCAUAGUGGUUAAAAUCCACACCUGUUUCGAGGCCAAAAUGACUCAAAAACCACACACCAGGGGCGGCACAUAAUCCUUUAGCCUAUAUAAAGGGAUACUCCUUUUGGUUCGGCCCCUCUUUGAUUUUUUUUAUUGGCUCCUGUGAUUUCUAUGGUUUCGGUUUUAAAACGCUCAAUCAAAACAUGCUCUGUUUAGUUUAUGGGUUGUUAACCCUUUGACUCCCUAAAAGUGACUCGCAUCUGGUAUCUCCUUACAUUUUCACCCCUGAAUCAAACAUUUAGGUAACGAGAAUAAUGUAAAUAAUCACCAACUAAAGAAGCCCUUGAUUGUUAAUCAAUCAAAACUUCUCCUUGUCAGCAUUGCAGGAGAUAUAUGUAUGGAUAAUUUGUAUACUGAUAUUAGGUUGUGAAGGGUUGAGCUUCCGCCUUGUUUUAUUCAAAGGAUUCUAAUCAUUUUUUUUUCUUGUAACGUGUUUAUUGAUUUUCUAUUUACAACAUCUCGUUAGGAUCGAAAACAGUCCGAUGUGUCUAUACCAACCCGUCGAAUCAAUAAACAACUCGAGCAUAAAACAUCCCGACCCAUCCCUUGUGAGUUAACAGUAACAAGAGAAAACAGUUCUGCUCCCAGUAGUCCGUUGACCAACGGAUCGCGGUCGUCCUCGGGAAUAGGGGACGAACUUGGAAGUCCAGAUUCACAUGCCAGUCCAUCUCGAGAGGUCGCUGGGUAAGUAGGUGUUUCAAUGGCUGAUAUGAUUUUUCCCUGCUAACCAUAAAAAUUACUAUUUCCUCGGUUGUGAUUUGUUUUAAAAGACUCCUAUUUUCCACUAACUCACUCGCCAAGUUGUUAUCGGAAAGUUUGUAAUAGGAUAGCUCAAUAAGCCAAUCACAUUCAAGGUUGUAGUUUAAGUCAACCACUCACAUUCAAAGUUGUAGUUUGAAUCAACCAAUCACAAAUUUGGUUUCAAUUACCAUAAAGAGUGUGUACAGACUACUAAAUUUUACAAUUUACGCCUCCUUUGCCAGUCUUUUAAUGCAAAUUUUCCCUUUCUUUCAUAACUUCGCUAUUCUUCCUUUUUUUGGAAAUUGUAAUUUUGUUGGUAAUAAGACUUCGUGUCGUCCAAUUCAGUCUGUUAUCAAACAAAUCGAACUCCCGCUGCGCGGUCGUCCAAUUUUGUUAUCACUCGUAUUACAGCCCGAAUUGGACGACACGAAGUCCUAUUACCAUUACUAUACCCUAACAUCGAUUCACGUGGUUUUACUUUGUAGUGAGCAACCUAAAACGGUCGAUGACGCGUCAGUGAAACUCGACAGAGGCAAACUCUGUAUAGAAUCACCGCUGGAGAGUGUUGCAGAGGCCAUGUUGGAUCCUGGGUAGGUUUCCCUGUAAUUUACAUGAGGCACUUAUUGUAAGUCAGAAGUCACCGACCAGACCUGUCAAUCCUAUGAAAGUGAAGGGCUGUGAUAUAAACUAACUGGGGCUCUGCUUUUAGGCCUGGCUAAAUCUGUAUGUCACGACACCAGUGCGCCUUGUUUCUCAUUUUGCGGAAUUUCAGAUAUUUCCUUUUAUUUGAGAUCCACAUUUGGGUCACAACAGUUUUCGCUAGCUACCACAUGACCCUAAGUUAAAUACGGCAAACACUUGUAAAAACCCUCCAAGGCUCACAGAAACUCCACUGGAACCGCCAGAUAUUGUAAGUUAUGAUACUCAGAACCAACCCAUAACGUCCGCCUACACGUCUUGCUAUGAAGGAUGGCAAUAAGAGGUUACUUAAUAAAUCUGAGGCGUGUGGAACAUGUGAGUCAUUCAGUCUUUAGUUUCACGGAUCUCUCCGCCAGUGGAGCUAACGCCACGACGCGAUAUAUUACUGCGCGGGCUUUGCUUUCAAGGACAAACAAUUAACACCGUUUUAGACAGAAUAGCCAAUAUUAUUUGAUGUGAUGUAGUUAGGCAGCUCUAAACAAUAAUAGAAUAAUUUCGCAAUUAACCAACCAUGCGAGCCAGUUCUGACCUACACAACUAGAAUCACUCUCGCCUUUCUCUGGUUAAGAGAAUAAAAAAGAAUUUCACACUUUAAAUAUGUCCAUAUUUGGUAGAAAUGAAUUUGGCACCCACCGUCUAAUUAUUCGACAGAAAGGGCAUGACUUUCCUACCAGAGGUCAAGGGGCUAAAACCCGCCAGCUUUCUGAGUUCGGAAGCGAUUUCAUGGAUUUUACUCAACGUGGAAGGAGUUAAUGCCAAGGAACAAGCCACUCAACUCUGCCAGGUCAGCGGUGAUGUCUUCUUGAAGUUUAAUGUUGGGGGUCGGGUAGGGAAACAUUUAUCACUUUAUGCAAGAAGAAACGAAGAUGCACUUUUUAGUGGAUUAUUCUUUUCAGUUUUGAUGGAGUUUUAGUCUCUCUAAAGUGGAAUAGUAUUUGAAAGAUCUGCGCAUAUUGCGCUCUUAUAACAUUCCUGAAAAAUUCCUGGAAUCAAAAAUUUUCUUCCAGCUUAAUUAAACGCUCGUUAAAGAUUUUCUUUCCUAAUCGCGCGAAUUCUCGGAAUGUCAUGCAUGUAAGGAAAGCUGUUAAAUUUUUCUCAUUUGGAAAUCACCAUUUCAAAGCAUUGGGUCGUGGUAUCUUAUUCUUACAUAUUUACUCGAGGACACGUUCAAAGGAACCUUGUCUGGCACACGCCAACUUAUAAAAUAGCAUAUUUGGCAUCGGCAGGUCAGCUAUACAUCGCGGAAAAAAGUUUUUCUAAGGUCAGAAGAGAGUCAUUGAAUCUCUGUAUUGAGUCGCGAAACUUCUUUCGCUAUGUAUUUUAAAUCAAACUGCGUUGAGGUGAUUUCCAAACUCUUUUGAAUUCAAACUUAGAAAUUGUUUGAAGGGGGCUUUAUCAAACAUGCUUCCGACAGCACCGCCCAGAAACUGGUAGAGGGAUUUGUCAUCUUUUAUUUCACUCCAAAGUCGUGUUGGAGAGAGAAAACGGAAGGUAAGUUUAAUUUGGCCACUUUUUGAUGACUGAUUAAAACGAGUAAUUAAGUUUGAACGGUUUACUUGGUGUUAGCCAUGUGAUUUCUGAAGUCGACACAGCGUAAGGGAUCCGAAACAUGUCCAUGAAACAAUUUCUGCUUCGUGUUCCUACACAAAUUCCGGCUCUAAGACCCCGUAUCAUAUUGUUGUAUCAUAUCCCUGCACAUUUAACCCGGUUCGUGUUCCUAGAAAAUCUAAUUCGAAUCCACGAGCUUAUGGGAGCAGUGUUAACAAAGGUAUAGGUAAGAAAGUAUUGUGGUCGACGCGGUGGCUUAAUGGUUAGUGUGCUGGACUGUGCAUCGAGAGACCUAGGUACGAGACCUAGUCCAGUCAAUGUGGUGUACAUGUGUUCUCGGGAAAAACACUCUACUCUCUCACACAGCGUCUCUCCGCCCGGGAACAUAACUGGGUACCAGCGAAUUGUCAGGGAAGCCUGAUGACGUCGCGAUGGACUUGCCGGGGGGGGGGUGUGUAGUCCCAGUCGCUUCCUGCUACUGUUUGAAGCCGGAAUAACCUCCGUCUGGGUAGGCUUCUUGGUUGGAAUGAAGAUUUAACUUUACUUCAAGAACGUGUUAUAAUAAUUCUUUAUACUAAAGUCACGCUACAAAUCGAAUUUUGAAGUUGUUCUUAAAGGCGUUAAACAGGAAUAAGCAAUCAUCAGCUUUCCUCAAUAACACAACGCAGAAGCAUUCCUUUUACUGGCUAAAAACAAGCGUGUCUCCUAAACAGUUAAAUGCUUUGGUUAGUACAGCCAACCAUCACAGACACGUCUUCUAAAAAAGAACAUAUUUGAUCUUUGAUUUUCAGAUAUGCUGGACAACAUCGAUCGCCCUCUUGUAUCUCGCCAAGGUUUUAUCGACGAGCAUCGUCUGCGGUCGGAUCGUUUUCAGUCUGAUCUUUUACAGGCCUUUCAAAUUGAUUGGUUCGAGGUCGCUAUCUGGCCAACCAAAUCUGAAAAGGAGACCCCAGAGUUCUUAGCGCCUGAUAUAGAGAUCGUUGCAAGUCCGGCGUGCUCUUCGGUUCGGAAGCCGCGCACUUGGACAAGAUCGGCUCGUCGCAAUUUCCAUUCGGAGAGUGGUUUGUAUAAAUUAUUAAUUUCAAUUGGUCAUGCCUAGUUGAGUGAAUGAUGGAUUGUAACUGUUUUCACCACAAACGAUAGAUAGUGUUUGUAUCUGUUGGGAAUUUUUUUGCACUUUAGCUAUCAAAAACUGGGAAGGAUUUAGGGACUAGUCAUUUAUCGCCUGAGAGGGAGGGAUGGUGGUGGAGAUUUUGGAGGAUCCCAUGUGUUCAGGGGAACGGAGAGGGUAUCAUUCGUCGCCACCAGAGUACCGAGGGGGGCUAUAGCAAAGUGACUACCGAGCAACUGCCAAUAGGGGUGGGGGUGGGGGCAAACAACAUUAUAGAACCUUAUUGGGGGAGCAGGUUAUUUUUUAUCGUCACCCAACCAAAAUGCUUCAAUACCCCCCUUCCACCCCUCCCAGGCGAUAAAAAAAUAACCAGUCCUCCAGAAGCUCCUUGCUCAAACAUAGAUUGGGCCAAAAACGUGCCUCAGUUGACAGUUGACUGUAUACUUGCGCUAUGCAGGUUAUGGCUGCGAUCCUGCUUAUAAAUUUGUCACGUUAGAUGCUGAUCCUUAUCACAAGAGCCCACGCCCAGAAUCUUGCACAGUUCGUUAUCACGGCAACUUCUCCCCUCUUCAUGCAUUUGAGAUCGAACUUCAUUGGAUCGCGGCAACUGGGUGCAUCGUGGGCGACAUGGUAGGGAAAUAAAAUUAAUUCUGCAAAGAAGGAACCAGUUUCAUUUUAACCCUUUAAUUCCUAGAGGCGUUUAACAUGUUACUUCUCCCUAUAAUAUCCAUACAUCAUCCAGCAAACAGUUUAUGAGAAUAUUCAAACUUAUCAGGGAGAGGUUGUUAACUUGAUCUAACACCAAAGUCUCGUAACUAAUUACAGGGAAAUGUGUAGCAGCUAAAGGGAGAAUCAACAAUCUCAUCUUGGGAGUUAAAUGGUUAAUUGUUAAUAUUCUCUAUGUUGUAAUUUUUCUAAGAGCACCUGAUUCAGUUGGCUUCUCACUCAUGUCUUCAGGUUAGUUCUUGGUCGAGGAAGGCACCGUCUUGUGGUUUUCAUCUAGUCCCCGUCCCAGUAAGUCCAUUUCCUGAUCCAAAAAGUAAGAAUGUGGAUCCUUUUCGUUUACCGGUUUUCAUUCAGCUGAAUCUGUCCAACUGCACCGCAGACGCAAGCAGCCUGUUUGAAGGUACAAGUAACAUUUUAAUUAAAGAUUUAGAAACAAGCUGUUGCGAAAUAAAUAAAUCUAACUCUGUGGCUGCUUGAGUUAGCCAACAACAACUUGUAAUCAUUUUCGUAGAAUUUGAAUGUUCCACCCGAAGUCGAAGAUUGUUUUUGUUCUUGGAAGCCAUUCUUCAAAGGUGAGUACCUUCUUUGAUCAAUAUUUUUCUUCUGGUAUUAUUACCUUACUUUAAGAGGAUUCUUGAUCAUGGAAUAUGGAGGAAUUAAGAUGAAAAAGAACGUGCAAGGAAUAGAGAUUUUUGUGUUGAUAAUUGGAUAAUUGGAUAAUUGGUAGGAGAUGAAUGUCGGCGCGCUGAAAUCCGAGAAGAGAGGACUGGGUUCGAUACCUGGCCAGGUCAAUAUGUUGUGUUUUUGGGCAAAACAUUCUACUUUCAUACUGUCUCUCUCCACCCUGAAAAAUGAGUACCGGCGAAUUGCCAGGGAAGGCUGAUGAAAUGCUUGGGGGGGGGGUUAAUCUUGCGUUUGGCUAACAUCCCAUUCAAGGGGUAGUAGAAGUACUUCUAACAAGCACCGGCUGGGUUACUAAGCUCGAAUACAGACUCAACCAAACUUAACCCAAUAGACUAAUUUCUAUUGGUGAUACAAGGCUAACAAGGUUGUUGAACGCCCUUUUGGUGCAUUUCAACUGGAAAGGAUUCUCUCCUUGAGCUUUGUUUCGUGUAUUUUUUUUCUUUCAAGGUUUGGUUAUAUCCGGGAUACACCUUAUGGUUCAACGCACGUGAGUACGCCUAUGAUGCAAGUGACUCCAGUGCAGUGUCGAGAGAACGACUACGUGCACACGAGCGGAGUUGCCUUUGUCCGAAUCCUCCUGAACUGGGACGAAGAUGAGGAUCCUGUCGAGAGUGGUCCACCCAGGCCAGAGAAAGGGCAACUGUCGAGCUCUUCCUGGGGGUUUUAUUGGAUGCAGAACUAUAUGUUGACAAAGCGGUGGCGCUCCGCGGCGACGGGAGAUAAUGAGGCUGCUGACAAACUGCGGGGUGAACUGGAAGACUUCUGUGCAGAUAAAGAAGGUGUUCUGAGUAGCUUUUGGGAGUCUUGCCACGAAGCUGCUAGAAGAGAAGCACAAAAACGAAUUGAAAAAGACGAGGCCGAAGCCAAAAUGAACUAUAAAGAGACGUCAGAAAUAACUCGACAUGAAGAUAGCUACGAUCCGCAAAAUCUGGAGCGUGGUUAGAUUAUUAUUCCAAUGGUAAAUGUUUGAUCACUCAGUGGGAAAUCGAAAGGUUAAAUCUCAUCGUUACAUCGAUCAGUAAUGGUAUCUUGAAAGAUCUGCGCAGACGACGCGUUCCAUUACGUUGUCGAAAAGGCUGGUAAACUGAUCAUACCAUUCAAGGCAAUAGCUCUUUGCUUUUAAACCUCCUGACAAGAAUCUAUGGAACAACAGAGAAAACUAAGUUGGUCACCUAACGAUCCCGAAGGGAAAUAGUAUGGUAAAGAAUUUAAAAAUGGGAAGGGAAGUUUCUUGAGAUCUCAUUUAUCAAUGGUUUUGUCUGCCUGUAGCCAUCGUUAGCCAUGUUGCUCACUUAGUAUUAGGAGUCACUCCGUUAAAAGUAAGUCCAAAAUUAGAGUCUGAAAUCCCGAAUAAAAUAGUGUUGCGUGAUUUGUCUACAUAAAACGUUCAUCAAUAAUCUAAACGUUCACGAUUUACUUUUGUUUAAUACUUAAAAUUUUGCUUAAAGAAUCGAUCGUCGAACUGCAGUUUAUUAUCGUCUUAUUUGCCCAAUUCGACAGAAAAGUACGCGUUAAAAUUAUCGUUUCAUACGAAGAACCAGUAGUGAAGGUAUUGACACUAGGGAUGGGAAAAUUAUUUACUGCCCAUGUAUACCCAAGAUAGUUAUUUUAAUUUAAUGAUAGAUGUAUGUAAAGACA